AUGGACCCGCCACCUCACCCUCAGUCAGUUGAGAUCGAGGUAAAAUAGAAUUACGUCAAUACUAAACUUCGAAAACAGAUCCUGGUUGUUCAAAAGAUGCAUGCUGAGCGCUAUCCACAGGAUUAUAUAUAAUUAUGAAAACCAAUUGCGCUAUCCAGGAUAAUGCAGAUUUAUAUAUUUAUUAUAUCCAUUUUGAAAUCACUGGCAAUCCCUGCAAUCUGAUUGGCUCUCAGCAAUGUGAUUAAUUUACAAAUCAAACUAUUUUUUGCUGUAAAUCGCAUCAUUCAUGUUCUAAAACGUUUCAUUUCUUUUUUAAAUCGCACCAUUUUUGCUCUACAUCGCAUCAUUUCUGUUUCGAAGACAAAAUGGAUGUAAAAGCCUUUUUGUUUCCGCUUUUCAACAAACCGGCUACUUGAUCAAUCGGUAAAAUAUUGCUACUGACUGAAUUCUGCGAUUUCAAAAUGGCUGUAGUAAGUGGUAAUUGAACUUUACGUCGUGCAAUUUUGGUCUGAAAUCAUACUUGAGAUUUCAAGGACCAAAUUGCACUCCCCUUUCCCUCCGUGUAAGGAAAUCCAAGACAGUCUUGGAUUCUAGAUUCCACCCCAUGGAACCACCUCAGUUCAAUUACCAUCAUUUACCUUUUAACGUCUAGCGCCUGGGCUAUCAUCGGACCGAAUUUCAUUUGGUCAAAAAAAAACUACGUGAAAGUCUCGAUUGGGAAGUAAGGCACACGAAUUUGUCAUCAGUUCAGCUCUUGCAACUGAUUUCUAGAUUUUCCACAUUUAUUGAAACCUGGCAUGUCUGAAAAAACAAAUUUAUAGAAAUAUAGGCCGUGUUUUAGUGGUACUAACCAUUUCAACCAAACGUUUUGGUUGAUUUGGUUGAAGUUCCCAAUCGAACCAAACCAACCAAAAACUUGCCAACAGAACACGAAAAAACCCAACCACCCAAAAACGGUUGGUUCCAAUAGAACACGACCUUAGAAAUAUCAUAAAGGUGUCCGUAUGAUAUAAACUUACGUUGACGUGAGGGAAGUCUGUUCUGAAUCACCUGAUCAAUUAUCACAGGGUACUGACGGUGCGCGAAGGUGCGCACUAACGACAGAGAUCAUCGACCGACAAUAUCCUGAUGUCACCACGGUGUAUGAGAGCUUUCUUCGAGGAAAGAGCAUCACUGGUAAGUUUAUCCAAUUAUUACCUCCUUUGAAAUAGGUUGAGUUUUCUUUCUUUAACACAAAAGCCAGUACCGCCCGCUUUUUCAGUCACACUUGCUGUACUGUCAAAGGUGCUAAGGCCAUGUAACGACAUAAGGUAUUUGACAGAGUGACGUCAAUCUUGGCAGAGGCCGUAAGGUCUCUCUUUAUUUGUCUUCAGCUAUGAUCGGUGGCGCGGGGUCGGUACUGAAAGAAAUUUUAUACUGGGAGCUCCGCCUCGAGGUUCAACCCUUUACUCUUUUAUAUCCCAUUUUUGACCUUUUAUUGACGAAUAGUACCCCUUUCAGAUACCUUGUUUAAAACCUUGCAUCCCUUCCAAAUGUAAUAAAAGGACUGUCUUUUAAAUAUGAAUAAAUGACAAAAUUAAAAUGUUUUCUCCACUCUUCCGCAGCCAAAAAAUGCAUCUGUGAUCUGUUAGCCCUUUAGAGCCUUUCUACAAACCGAAAUGACUGAUUUCCCUACCCUUCUAUGCUUCAAGUGGUGAAACCUCUAACUUUUCAUAUACCUGUGAAAAAGGUACCUCUUUCGGGUGGAGCCUCCCCGUAUAGGCCAUUAUAGGUAGUACCCUCCCCCCCUGGACUAUGAUUUACAUCAAACCUAAAGGGAAAAGUGUUGUCAAAUGAGGAGUUUGACUUAUGAUAAAUAAGCUACGCCUAUGACGAGUAUCAAAGAGCUUAUCUGUUUCUGAAGAACAUUGUUGCACAAUUCCGUCUCGAAUCGAAGACUUUAUUUCCAAACCAUAAUUCUUAUUACAACUCUCCGAGUCUGUCCAGUAGGGAAAAAAAGCUUUUUAUUUUGAUACCCAUAUUUUCCAGAGACGAUUGUUUCACUUCAGAAAGGGUUUUUUUUUUUUGAAAAUGAACCGCUUAUUGCAGCAUGACCUGCCUUUAAUAAGUCUAAGCAAAUCAAAGAAGGUUUAGGAAGUUCCAUCCUCUCAACUUAGAACAGUACUUUGAAAUCAUGGGAUGAACAUCCUUCCGCGUAAAUGCAAGGGAAUCCAAGACAGUCCUAGAUUCUGGAUUCCAUGUCAUUGAUUCCGGAUUCCAGCUACUGGAUUCCGGAUCGUUUGUCAGUGGAACUGGGAAUCCGGAUCCCAAUCGUUAGUGAGAUUCUGGAAUUCAAUAAGCUGUAUUCCAGAUUCCAAAGCCCAGCAUUCCGGAUUCUAAGAGCAUAAAUUUCUGGGAUGCCAAAAUCCGGAUUUUCUUAACUGUGCAAAUCCUUGAAACAAGUUAUUAAUUUUUAAGGUGAUGGUCCCUGUCUUGGAACAUGGAACAAAGAAAGCAAACAAUACACGUGGCUAUCGUAUAACCAGGUAGGGAGUUCUUUUUUUCUCUCCAUUCUUUCUUCAUUUUAUUUUCUCGCAACUGUUGUAAAAAAUAUCUAAUAAUAACAAUAAAAAACCUGGCAACAGGUUAAAAACAAAAAAGGUAGAGAGUUCUAUUCAAGUUAAACCCUUGCGGUUAGGAGGCGAGGAAGUGAGGGGGCGAGGGGGCGAGGGGACGAGGGUGCGUGGGGGGAUGAGGCGAGGAUGACACCCUCCCACUCCACCCACAGAUGUUUCGUGUUCAGCUCUUCUAAAACCUCUACUCAGCUCAGUCAUGGUUACGAGAUAUCACCUUAAACGUGACAUAAGAUCAAUUUAUCUUUGAGCAUAAAUUGCAGAUGCCCUCUUCCAAAAGAGAACAUACAAAAGAGAACCGAAAGAAGCAAAAGUAUAAAAUAUAACUACUUGUUCUCUCCCCAGGUCCACGAACGUGCAACGAAAGUCGGUAGAGGCUUGGUUGCUAUUGGUUGCGAGCCUUCACAAAAGAGUUUCAUUGGUAUUUAUGGACCAAAUCGUGUGGAGGUAUGAUAUCGUAUGAUACUAACUAGUACUUGUACUUUUAUAGGAGUACAAUCCAAAAUCUUUCAUCCGUUGACAGAGUUGCUUGUAUGGGAGACGGUUAAUAUUUUGGUUUUAUGACUCAUGCGGUUAACAGAAAUUUUGAAAAAAUUUUCAAAAUUAAUUUCCAUUGUUCUAAAACAGGAGUACUUUGCAACCAUUCAGAACGAAGAAAACAAGCUGGAGUAUUACUCUAGCUUCUUUUUUUCGUAAAACAGGAUCCAAUAUCUGCAAGGAACGACACACCAUUUUGACACUUUUAAAAUGACAAAUUUCGGCUAGAGAUUUUUUUACGGCUAGCGAGCUUUGCACGUACAUUCUAUGCAUUUCCGUUUGUUCACAGAAAACACAGUCCAGAAAAUCUAGAUCAUUAAAGACAGCAUUUUAUUUAUGCAUUCAUUUCAGUGGACCCUAACUGACCUGGCGUGCGAGAUGUUUUCUAUGGUCACCGUGCCUGUGUAUGAUACACACGGCCCUCAGGACUGCAUCUACAUCAUCAGCCACGGUAGGGGCUGGAGGAUAAGCCCGUCAAUUUUAAUCUCCCGGCAUCUCUUUCUCCCUCUGAAACUAUAUAUCUAUAUGAGUACGCUAUGCUACUUUCAGUGACCAUGCUAAAUGAAGUUGGCCUUUCCCAGGCUCCAAGACAGUUAUGUGCAGUGAUGGUGAUUAUUAGUACGAAAAAUCCCCCUGUGCACUUUUCACACUUUCUAUUUUUCGUGCCAUAGUCACGAAUCACCACUAUCUUGAAACCUGGAACAGGCCAGCCUGCCUCACAGACUUACACUAACCCCGGUCAGUGACGUCUACGAACUUUGUUCUUAGCCUGCGUAGCAGGCGCCAAACGGACUCGACGAAGUACCGGAAAUGUGUUUCGAAUUUGCCUUCAAACCGACUGGCAUUGAAAAUUACUUUUUUAACAGGUCAUUCAUGGCGCGUACUCAAAUCCGGGUACACGGGUGGGGGCCCGUCGGACUUAAGGUCUCGGUAAAGGAAAACGAGGUGCCCACAGAAAAAAAUUCUAGUCGCGCGAGUAUUUACGCUACCAAGGCAAGUUAUAUAUCGUUAAACUAAAAACUAAAUUACCUUAUAAAAGAUUUUAUUUCAGAAUUUUCUGUCAGAGGUAUCAAGUUUACUGCUGAAGCUCCAGCCCUUUCGUUGUUAAAUAUUCACUUCCUUUUUAUUGCAUCUGAUUGACAGAUAAAAGACCUAAAAAAGGGGAGGAAAUUUGCAUAUGUUUUAUUAGCGGAAUUUGCAUUUCAAACUAAAAGUCGAAUCUCGAGCGCGAUUUACGCAAAGAAACUGACAUAAAAUGAGUUACAAAGGGAAAUCGGAAAAUUCCUCAUACCCUUUUUGAGUCUAUAUCAUUAUCCAUCAUAUCUGAAAGUUUCAAAGCGAUAGCUUAAAACCUGUCCCGACUGGAGGUCGGAGAAUUUUGAUUUUUGCGCCUAAAAUAGAGUGAGAGAAAAUCAGCUCCGAAGAUUUAGCGCGAGGUCCACGCUUGGCUGGUUAGCUCAGAAAAGGCUCAUUUUAGAAGGGUUAAAAAGCACUUUCUGGUUUUCUUUUUCUGCCAAAAUAAAACUUAGGACCCACUCAUGCCAAAAAUAAAAAAAAAAAACAAAAUCGAGCAAUGUAAUAAAAUUUUCAUUUACCGAGACCUUAAACCGAAGUUUAGUUUUGUCUGUGGGCUACGAACAGUCUAAUUCUUUAUAAAAAGGGGGAUUAUUUGAAAGGACAGGAAGAAUUAAUGCAGAUGUUUCUGUUUUAAAUAUUUCGACUUACAUUAUCCACAGUCUUUUCUCUCUCUUUGGAGAGCAUCUAUAUUUUGGGCUAUUACCAUUGCUUCUUAGCUUUAGACUCAGAUUCAUCAGGGUGAUAGGCUCCUGGAUUCAGAGGAUUUUUUCAUUUUCAGGCACUGUCUUGGGUAUACGCAUAUUUAUCGUCUUAAAGAAUGAAUCACAGUCAUUUUAACCGAACAACCGAACGCUGGAAACUAUAAACCCCUUGUGAAGUUGCGUCAAAUGAGGGAGAAAUUAGGACGUUAAACAGUUGUACUCGUUUGACUUAUAUUAUGAUUUUUUGAUUCAUUUCCACGAGGCCGCCUUAAACCUCAGAACAAGUCUACAUUAUAAUGAUCUCAAAGCGGCUUGAAAGCAAUGAUUUUCUUGAAAACUUUAUUCUUUGAUUAUACGUUUACAUUACAGCCGAGAUUUCAACUAUUGUUUGCAACGAAGACAAAGUUUCUUCGCUUUUGGAGCAUGCACACUCCUGUAAGGGGCUAAAGUAUCUGAUAAAGAUUGGCACCCAGGUAACGGAGGAGCAAAGCACGACAGCAAAGGGACUGGGACUCCAAAUCAUGUCUUUUUCUGAUUUAGAGGUAGGUCAAGUCCUAAGCAACAAGCCUCCGUUACUCGCUCCAGGCUCAAUUGAUCUUUAUAAAUAGAAAUAUAUUUAUUUGCAAAGACAUUAGGAAAACAUUGGGCAAAGAGCAUGUAGCUCAGGGUUUAAUUCGAAGUAAUAUAUUAAAUUCUCUAAGUUGCUGCAUGAUGAAGCGAUUUUGUAAAUCUCGCAAACAUGUAUUCAAAACCGCAUUAAAUUUGUAGAGAAAAUGCAAGGACAUUCAGCACUCAAUAAGAGUUCGUUUUGCUGACCAUGGCUAGUUUUUAUGCUCCGAUUUUCCACAGAGAAAACAAUAAUGAAAAAAUCAAGGAAUCAGUCUGAAUCACAGUUCCUGGUUCACUCAAAUGUAAAUACACUUAAUUCCCUUCUUCUUAUAAACUCUGGGAAAACACUUCUCAUGCACCUUGUGUAAAUGGAAUAAAUUUUGGGCGUGGCUUCGGAGUCAGGGUCUGUUGACCACAAUUCAAUUCAACCUGUAAGCCCACCUUUCUCUGUCAAUUUACAGGAAUUAGGAGAGAAGAAUCCUCGUGAACUAAAUGUAUGUGAGUUUUGAACUAUAUAUUAAAUUUGUUUUAAAAAAGUAAAGAAGAGCACUUGACACUUAAUUGUAUACUUUUCAGUCGUGUGUAAGUGUCUUAAUUUAAAUGGUUUGUGAGGAGUCAAGCCAGCUUCUGAUGGGAUUCAACAUGAAAACCUAGUGCUUUUGAUCACGCUCUAUAAGAGCAAUUGCCGUUAGAUGUGAAGUAUGUUAAAUGAAAUUGCCUACUUUCAAAUGAACGAAAGAAAUACAAUUCAUAAAAAUUUGUGAUUUGAACCCACUAGAAUACGGUGCAUCUUUGCAGUGCCUCGUUGACAAAGAAAGUUAACAAUGUGCUUAGAAGGUUAAUCCGUAGUAUUCAAAAACUCUGAAUGCAAGAUUUAGAACGAACAUGCUGAAUGGAUUUAACGUAGUUUAGAUAAUUUGAAGUAUCACUGCCCUUUAGCAAACGGACAGCAUUUUUAGAUCAGUGUAAUUAGGCAAUAGUAAAUGUAGAAAUCAAACCGAUUCAAGAAUCCCAAUGUGUGUUUAUAAACAGCCAGCAAAACCAGAGGACAUAUUAACAGUAUGUUACACAAGUGGGACAACUGGUAAUUACCUUUUUCUCGUUUAUUCUGAACCUUUUACAUGGGUUUUGAGCUUUGUUAGGUUUUAGUUUUUAGUGUACAGAACUAACCAAAACUUCUUAUGACCAUCAAUAUAGGACCACCAAAAGGUGCAAUCCUUACUCAUGCAAACCUUGUCAGUGACAUCUCAGCCUAUCGGUGGAUUUAUCAACAGGUAAGUUCCAAAUGAGGUUGAAAAUACAAACAGAAACAACGCCCUACAUAUGUACAGUCUGGGGAAGGCGAAGGGGGAACAGAAACUUAGAACGUUUAUUGACCUAAAAAGUAGCCCUUCGAACCUAAGACCAGACUCAGUCUACAGCCGUGAAUGUCUCGAUGCGCCCGCGGUACUCCCCACCUGGGACCCGGGUGGGGAGCACCUGUUUAUAAAGAAGAAAAGAAAGGUCUCGCGGAUUAAGGCUGCCAAGACCUCUCUUUUUAGAAGUACGGAGAUCUCCUGUAAAAGAAAAAGGUCUAACUUGCUCAAAGCUCUCCUUGAGUGACUGGUAUAUACGAAUCUCUUAAUCGACUGUUUAGGGUUAAUUUAGCUAUUUUUGAUAUUCUUAAGUUUUACUCUUUAGCCGCCAAGAUUUAAUUGUUAUUGUAAAUAAAAUGCCUUACUACCAUCAAGAAAGUGUUACUCUGAUAAAAAAAGGUGUUGUCGAUCGUGGCUCCCUCAUCCAGAUUCUAUCUUGAUUAUCAGCUUUAAGACCUUGGAAACUCCAGGCUACGAUCUCAAGAACAGCUUGUAGCAUUUGCAACUGUAUUUAUCCACCUAGGAUUGUUCUAUAAUAACUAGAAGGUGGGUGUAGUCAAACCUCUAUGGCCCACACUCGGGGAAGGAACAACUGGCUGAUCAAUAAAGAUUAGUCCUAAUUGGAGGUUUUGCUUACAAUUUUAAGUGACAAUUUUGUCCAGUAGCACUUUGGUAACUGGCCUCUGAAUGGCUGAUGACCGCUUAAUAGGAAUAAUAGAGGUUCGAUUGUAGAUUUUACAAGUGCGUACACUAAUCAUAUGUUUUCAUUUCAUAUCAAUUUCAGAGUGGAUUUCCAGAACUGACCCCCGAGGAUGUACAUUUGUCAUUUUUGCCUCUAGCUCACAUGUACGAAAGGAUAAAUCAUGUAAGUUCAUAAAUAAAUAAAUAAAUAAAUAAUAAUUAAUCAGUAAUAAGUGGCGUGAAUUUGGGAUUCUGCUCUUAGUAAGCCUUUUGGACAACUUGACGGAAAUUCUGGCCUUCCAGCGCGCCCGGCUCCGCCAGCGCCAUCUAAUAUUGGUGUGAAAGUGUGGUUGUGACGACAACGAGCGUUACACGGAACCCUACGGUACACCUUAUAGCAAUGGGCGGAUUCGCAAGUAAAACACCUUCGAGUUAUCGGUUUAUGUAUAGCCAGGGAAAUAUAAGCAAGAUAUUUUUUCGUCUCAUUCAGUUUACUAGCUUUUUCUUUUAAGUUUUCAACUUCUCUCUUUCAGCUUCAUUUAAUGCUGAGUGGUGCGCGAAUUGGAUACUUUAGUGGAGACAUAAAACGCCUUCUUGAAGACUGCAAAGAGCUUCAGUAAGUAAAGCAUGUAACCUUUUUAGCCGAGAAUCAGGAAUAAAAAACCCUUGAAUUCUAAACUGGUAUUAGAUUCCUAGAUUUACUAAUAUUCGACUUAUUUUAAACAGACCAACGAUCUUCUCAGCCGUUCCUCGUUUACUAAACAGAAUUUACGACAGAGUAAGUAAAAAGUCCCAGUGGUUUUUGCAUUGCAAGGCCGUUUUUUCUUGCCCAAAUAAAUGUCCGACCGUAUUCCCUGUAAACAUCUAUCAAUUUCCUUGAAGUAAUCGAAAAAACGUUAGCCUAAAUAUGAUUUCCCCAACAGCCUCAAUAUCUUCAGUUUCUUAUCUUGUUGCUUAAGUUGUUACGCCUUUCACAGACUGUUCAGACCAAUGCCGGUUCCAGACCUUGAGAUAAGGGGGCCUGGUCUCCAAAAUUUUUUUUCGGCCCUUCGGGCCUCAGUUUGGCCUAAAAAUAAGGGAGGGGGAGGGGGGAGGGGCAGGCCCCCCGGGCCCCUCCCCUGGAUCCGCCACUGCCCACCUAUCAACGGCCACAAUAUCAAGACGAUAAUCGAUUAAGUUGAUAAUUUUGCUAUUUAUUAUCAAGUUCACCUAAUAACAUAUUCUAUAUUUAACUACUGAUAAGGUGACUUCUGGAGUAGCAAAUAGCAAACUCAAGCAAUGGCUCCUUCAAACGGCACUGAACUCAAAAGAAAACGAUCUAAAAAGGUAACUUUUAAACAGACUUAGUUGAAAAGAUGAUUCGAGUAACCCUCAAAUAUAACUUGUUUAGGAAGCUAAAAUUGACUCACUUGGUUGUUGUUUAGGGGAAUCAUAAGCAAAGACACAAUGUGGGAUGUAAUAGUCUUCCGCAAAAUCCAGGUAUGUUACGUGUUGAUCUUUUUAACGUAGCAGUCUAGACUCGAGGGGUACAGACCUUAAUUCCGAUUAAACCACGUAGUUUUUCGGCUGUAGAAGUUUCGUCCCAAUGAGCGUUGUAAGCGAAUCCAAGACAGGCUUGGAUUCUGGAUCCCACGCCGUGGAUUCCGGAUUCCAGCUACUUGAUUCCAGUCUUUGUCAGUGGAACUUAGAUUCUGGAUUCCAAUCCUUAGUUGGAUUCCGGGUUCCUUGAGAUGUAUUCGCAAAGGAUUUCGGAAUUUCGGAUACUACAGGCAAAAUUUUCCCCGGGUCAGGAUUCUUUUAGCGGGCGAAGAAGUUGGUUGAUAUUCAGAUUUUCUCGCGUGUGCUGUAAAUAUAUAGUUUUCUGGGAUUUUUCCCCUUGAAUAAAUUAUAACCUCUGAAUUAGUUACAACGAUGAAAUGUUCAAUUCACAGAAUCUUCUUGGUGGCCGAGUUCGCUAUAUACCGUGUGGUUCGGCACCCUUGUCUGCUAAGGUGACGUCAUUCAUCAGAUGCGUUAUGGGAUGUCAGGUGAGUUACACGUGACGGGCACAUCAUAUUUUUGCUCACGUGCUAAAACAUAUGACUUCAUAAUCACGCCUUGUUGACGUCAGAGAUUAAACAUGUAUACAAUAACAAGUUCAUAACGCUACCACCGCCCAAUGAAAUGGGUCCAAGGCAGUCUUGGAUUCUGGAUUCCACACGUUGGAUUUCGGAUUCAAGGUACUGGCUUCCGGAGCUUUGUUUGUGGAACAUGGAUACCUGAUUCCAAUCUUUAGUGGGAGUCGCAUUACUAGAGCUGUACUCCGGAUUCCAAAGCCUAGGAUUUCGGAUUCAACGAACAAAAUUUCCUGGAUUCUGGAUUCCGCAAGCAAAAAACUUCCCCGAUUCCGGAAUCCCUUACAUUGGACGACUACCAAUUUGCUCUUGUCUGUUGCCAACUUUGUUUUCGUCCUUCUAAUAAGAGAUUUGUAUUUCAUUUUGACAGCUGGCAGAAGGAUACGGUCAAACUGAGGCGACAUGCGCAGUAACCUUUCAGCUCUACAAUGAUCCCAUAGCAGGUAAGUGAAAAGCUUCAUGCCAAAAAUAUUGACAACACACAGAAAUAAAAUAUGUAUGUAUCUCCUUUUGCACUAACCUGCAGACAUUACUCGCUCUUCUAAUCAAAAUUUGAACUAUUCUCUAAAACAUGAAAGUUCGUUAGACCUUUAACGAUUUAAAUGCUCUUCAUAAGACUGGAAAAAUUCUUUUCCGGAGUGCUCGAAAUCUUUGAGUGUUUUUUGGAACAAGCGAUUAAUGGUCAUCCUUUACUCCUUAACAGAGGGUCAUGUUGGACCUCCAAUUCCUUGCAACAUCGUGAAACUCGUCGACGUAGAAGAAAUGGAAUACUUUGCCAAAAAUAAUCAGGGCGAGGUAAGAUAACAUCCAUCUCACCUUAGUUUAAAACUGUUUGAAUGUUUUUCGCCACUGCGUUUCGCGCGGGAUUCACCUCUCUUUCGCCCCGCCAUGGGGAAUCCUAGACAGUCCGCUUGGUUUCUGGAUUCCGCAUAUUUUGUCAGUGGAACUUGGAUUCCGAAUUCCAAUCGUUAGUGGUAUUCCCUAACAAGGGGACUGAAACCUUUUCAUUCUGACCAGUCUUCUUAUUCUUUGCAAACGGUAAACGUUCCAGGCUUAGCAGUUCUUCUUUUUCUAGAGCUUGAUUCUUUACUACAACUGAACUGCAUCUUCUAUAUUCAGGUUUGCGUGAAAGGACCAAACGUUUUUAAAGGCUACCUUAAGGAUCCAGCAAAGACAGCUGAAACUAUUGAUAAGGAUGGCUGGCUCCACACUGGUGACAUAGGAGAAUGGCUUCCGGUAAUUUAUUUGUACAUCCAAACGAGUAGGAGUGAAAAAAGCUGACCGUGCAUUCUGUAGUGAUGUAAAACGACAUUGGCAAACCAUCGAAUGUUUGAUCGAAGCUAUUGUUUACGUGAUGCUGACAUAAAAGCAUAAGCCCUUUUCUUACGGUUUGAACAAAAUAUGAAAUCGUAUUAUUACUAUUAUUAUUAUUAUUGUUGUUGAUAUCACCAUUACCAUUACUAUUAUUAUUAUUAUUAUUAUUAUUAUUAUUAUUAUCUUGUUGAAAUAUUUUAUACACAAAUAAUAAAGCUAAACCAAAACAAUUAUCCUGACCAAUACUUUUAAAUCACUUAAGGCUAUCUUUUUUAUUUAGAUUGAAAAAAAUAGAGUAUGUGCGCAAGGUAACACACGUGAAACACAGAUGGCUUUGAAACCAGAACCUAAUUGUGCUUUUGCUCUUGCAGAAUGGAACUUUGCGAAUAAUUGAUCGCAAGAAGAAUAUAUUCAAACUUUCUCAGGCAAGUUUGUGCUUAGCUGAACAUUUCAAUACCACUUCUAUAUUUUGAUUUCUUUUUUUUAAAUUCGAUUCUCUUAUCAUUCUAAACUUUCGAUUUUCCUUUUUUCUAGGGAGAGUACAUCGCCCCUGAAAAAAUCCAGAACGUGUAUCUGCGCAGUCCGUUUGUUGCGCAGGUAUUUGUUGUUGGAAACAGUUUGAAGGUAAGAACACUGUAGUCUGAAAUGUCUACUAUCCCCAACCGCAACCCGUGGGGUUAGGGGGUGAAGACGGCUGACAAUUCAGACUAGAUGGGCUUAUCCCUUUAAGCCCCAAUAUCCACAUUAAAUUCUCCAUAGUGAUCUUCAUACAUUUCCUUCAAGCGUUAGUUGAGAGAGUUUGUUAACAGAUCUAUGCAUUUUCCCUUCAAUGAUCAUUUUAUUAACUCUCAUAACCAUUUCUGUUGGUAACAUAUGGAUAUUGUUAUGAGAAAAUUGAUGUUGGUCAAUAUUGGGACUUAAAGGGCGGCGGGGCUCCUAAAGGCAGAGGAGAGGGGGAGGGGGAGAGAGGAGUAUUCUUUCGCUCUCUUUCCCAACCUCAUGUCAAAAUAUUUCACUUACAGGCAUGCUAAGAAAAUGGCGAGGAAGCUGGCCAAACUGUUAGUGAAUAGGUACAAGAUAGAUCUCGCAUUUUUUUAAAAAAAUCAUCUCGCUAUGAAGGGAUCCAAGGGCUAAAGACAUAUCAAUGGGUAUUGAAAACAAACAAACAAACAAACAACUUUAAUUCUUUUUCCAGUCUUUCAUCGUGGCAAUUGUUGUCCCGGACGCAGAAGUCCUGGAGCCCUGGGCCCGAAAUAAUGGCAUUGAAGGAGACAUCAAACAGCUUUGUGAAAAUAAGGUAAAACACUUCUUCUUGAACUUCCCUUUAAAUACUCUUCGAAUAAGAACUGGCUACCUUUUUUCUCAGUUUAAAUGAUAUCUCAAGCGCACAAUGGAAGGGAAUCCAAGACAGUAUUGCAUUCCGGAUUCCACGCAGUGGAUUCCGGAUUCCAGAUACUGGAUUCCUAAUUUUCCGACCUUGAAUAAAAUGUCGUUGAUGAAAACAAAAAUUAUUGUUUUAAAAGACGUUAACAGUAAAUAUCCGAUAGCUUGCUCAACAGAGCAGCUGUUAGUUUUUGAUAACUCACCAGUCUUACUCGGACCCAACGGAAAAAGACCUCAAAAAGCCACCCACUCCCACGGAAAUUGCGUCCUUUGGAUCCCCCCUCCCCUCGGAAUUUCAGUUGCCCGCCGUGAAAGGGGUAUGGAUAUUUUCUGGAUCUACAUAUUCCGGAUUCAAAACGCUAGGAUUGCCGAUUCCACAAGCAAAAUUUUCCGGAUUUCGGAAUCCCUUACAUGUGCCGUAUUUCUGACAUCAGCUAACCCAAUUUUUUGUGAAAAAAAAUCACAGGUUAAAAAUUGAUAUGAGAAUACUUUUGUUUCCGAACUUCGCUCAACAUAUAAAUUAGAGAGUUUAAGAUACCACGACGGCGACGGCCACGAAAAUUUUGCUUAAAAAAUGAAUUCGCGUUCUUUCAAUCUCUAUCGCGAUUAUUUCAAUUUGCUUUGUCAAAUGCAAGCGAACUCUUCUGGAGCCGAGUUCCUCACGACCAUAUCCAAGUUCAGAAAGAGAAAGAAACGUAAAAUAAGGGUUUUCACGUCAUAGUCGCGCAGCGACUGCAAAGAUAACACAAAAAAGCGCAAUGCAGGUGCAGAGUUGCUCUUUUGCCUUUUUAACCUAUUGCUUUUUAGACGUUCUCGUUGCCUGCGUCGUCGUGGAUCUUAAAUUCCAUAUUUCCUCAUUUUCAGACUGUGUACCAGACUAUAUUCCAAGACAUGCUGGACAAAGGCCGAGAGGGUGGACUGAACUCUCUAGAACAGGUACAAGUCUCUGAGUGAUUCAGUUACUAGACUUUCAACGAUUUUACUUAACAGAAAACACAAACAAAAAACUAUUUCACGAAGUUAACCGGUCUUUCUCGUGGGCGUCGAGGUUAUUGAUAUGCUAUACUGCUUCCACGCUCAUUGGCUGAUUGGUUCGAGUUAAUGAACUAUAAUAACUUCUUCAUCAACCAUGGACCAUUCUAGAGUAACUACAACUUUAUGUAAAAAGUGUAUUUUGAUUUUUGAGGUUUCAGUUUCUAGGAAGGUUUUACUUCACUAUUUGGCAUAUAAAGUAUUACUAUUGACCCGGUUGUUAGUUUAGCGCGGCAAGUUUAGCUCAGUCGGUAGAGCGCUUGACUGCAGAGCGGUAGGUCGCGGGUUCGAUUCCCGGGACCGGACCAACACUCAGGAUCUUAAAAUGACUGAGAAAUGAAGGUUCCGCCUUUGCCCUGGAAACGGGUAGACCUUCGCGUGGCUCGGAUGACCACGUACAAUGGCGGUCCCGUCUCCAUUAGGAAACGUAAAACUAGUGUCCCCAAUUAGUACUUUCGUGCUAAAUACAUUGACACUCAAAUAAAGUGCUUUUUUCAGUAAUUAUCACCUUUUAACGGAAAUUACUUAGCCUUGUUCGAGAUUCACCGGAGAUAAACGCAAGCGCUUGGUGUAGAAUGCACUCGAACUUCUUCAGACUGCAUUCUGCCAGGCCUCUCUGUAAGGUUGGUUUUUGUGAGAGGAUAAGAUAAAGCGAACGCUAUGUUCUGAUAGGUGCAAGACCAUGUAAUAAAUCCUUUAUUGACCAAGCUUGUUCGGUUAAGAUGUUGUCCUGGUUUUCAUGAAUUCACGUUUCCCAAAUAAAGCCAUAUUUAUAGGUUAUUCUACAGCUACAUCUAUCUCUGACAAUUAAUACACUAUUUACGAAUAUAUUAAUCUUUUAGGUAAAGAGGAUCCACCUCCAUCCAGAGAUGUUUAGCAUCGAGAACGGACUUCUCACGCCGACGCUUAAAGCAAAAAGAGUUCAAAUACACCGAAAGUUCAAAGAAGAAAUUGAGCGGGUAUUCGAACAAGCAGAAGUAGAACAAAAAACAGUUUGAAUCUGUUAAGAUUCACGAGUAGGUCAACACAACGAUUCGCU